AUGUGCAUUUGGAUAUUGGACACUAUUCAAGAGAGACAGGACAAGCAAGCGCUGAUCGACGAACUUGUUGGCGACAGAUACUGUUUGCUCCAUUAUGUAGUAGAUCGAGAUUGGGACGAUGCAUUGCGGCAGUUGCUCUCCUUCAACUGCGAUCCAGAUGUUCGGGACAGCUUUGGCGAAACACCUUUGCAUUGGGCAAUACAGUCUGGCUGCCAUCGUUCUUUUGAGAUGCUACUUGCGGCGGGUGCAGAUGUUACCAUCGAAUCAAACGAUGGCACAACACCUCUGAUCGAAGCCGUUGAUUGUGGCGAACUGAAGUUUGUCAAAGAAAUACUCGCCAAAAUCACAGAUGUGCCAAGAGAUCCCUGGAGAGCCCCUCCUCUUAACUGGAAGACUCCAUCCAAAAAUGUGCACAGGCUUGAGCUCAUCGACCACAGUCGGCACAAUGGCGAAAAUGCCUUUUUGCUCAGCUGCAUUCUGGGACCUGGCUCUAUAGUGGAAUUGCUUCUCCAACACGGCGCGAAUAUCAAGGCUUUGAACGCCGACCGUGAGGGGAAAACCGGGCUGCACGUGGCCUGCAUCCAAGGCCACUGCGAUGUCGUUGACGUUUUGCUCUCUAGGCACGAAGCACCUGAAUUGCGCGACAGAUUCGGCUGCACACCCCUCUGGCACGCCUGUAGAGGCGGACAUGAAGAAAUCGUCGAGUAUCUUGCCGACCAGAAUGCGGACAUAGAUCUAUGCGAUUUUGAAGGAGAUUCCCCUGUUGCUAUCGCCACUAUCAACGGACAGGAACGAAUUGCAACUGCUCUUCUUGCCCUAAGUGCUAAAUGUCAAACGACGGGCUUUCAAGGUGAUACGCUUCUUCACUGUGCUGCAGCCAUGGGAAGCCAAGGCAUCAUUAAGCACUUACUCAAGGCGGGAUGUAAUCCGUUGAUACAGAACGAUGAUAGGGCGACUCCAUUGAUGAGCGCAAUACUCAGCGGCUGGCGUGAAGCUGUCGCUUUAUUACUAUUAGUAGCUAUUAGAUUAGAAGUCUAA